GCAAAGCUGUCCGUCACUUCCUUCGGCUCAAGUGGCUCAACGGACCGUGCAAGUGACUCUCGGUCGGGCUGCAGGAUGAAAGCGGGGAAAAGCGAGCGGGAGCGGAGCGGCCGGCGGCGACACCGGUCAGGCGACGCUCUGGCGACCGUGGUGGUGAAACAGGAGCGUCCGAGCCCCGAACCCGUCGCGCACCGCCGGCCCGACGCUCCAGCCGCUAGCCUGUCCCCGCCCGCCGCCGAGCCUGGCCACUCGGGUCACCGCGGGAGCCGAGCCCGGUCCCCAGCCAAGAAGAAAAGCAAGUCCUCCGGGAGAAGUAAGUCUCCGAGGGCCAAGAGAAGCCGGAGUCCCCACUACUCCACCGUCAAAGUGAAGCAGGAACGUGAGGACCAUCCACGGAGAGGACGAGAGGAGCGGCAGCACCGGGAACCAUCAGAACAGGAGCACAGGAGAGCUCGGAACAGUGAGAGAGACCGGCACCGGGGCCAUCCUCGCCAAGGGAGGAGCUCUGAUGAGAGGCCUGUCAGUGGACAGGAUCGGGAUAGAGACAGCCAGACCCCGCAGGCCCAGGAAGAAGAGAGGGACUUUCAUAAUGCCAGGCGCCGGGAGCACCGCCAGCAGAAUGAAGGUGCUAGCGGUGAUGCUCAGGAGGUGAUCCCUCGCCCUGCUGGGAACAGAAGCAAAGAGGUGCCCGUUAAAGAGAAACCAAGCUUUGAACUUUCUGGGGCACUUCUUGAGGACACCAAUACCUUCCGGGGUGUGGUUAUUAAAUACAGUGAGCCCCCAGAAGCCCGGAUCCCCAAAAAACGGUGGCGCCUUUACCCCUUUAAAAAUGAUGAGGUACUUCCAGUCAUGUACAUCCAUCGGCAGAGUGCAUACCUUCUGGGUAGACAUCGACGCAUCGCAGACAUUCCCAUUGACCAUCCCUCUUGCUCAAAGCAACAUGCAGUCUUCCAGUACCGGCUGGUGGAGUACACACGUGCUGAUGGCACGGUUGGUCGGAGGGUGAAGCCCUACAUUAUUGACCUUGGCUCAGGCAACGGAACAUUCUUGAACAACAAGCGUAUUGAGCCACAGAGAUACUAUGAACUGAAAGAAAAAGACGUACUUAAAUUUGGUUUCAGUAGCAGAGAAUAUGUCUUGCUUCAUGAGUCUUCAGACACAUCUGAACUUGACAGGAAGGAAGAUGAAGAUGAUGAGGAGGAGGAAAUGGUAUCUGACAGCUAGCAGCUGAGAGGCAGCCUCCACUGUUAGAAACCGUCCCUACCAGAGGCCGUGGGGUCACUCCAGUGCCUCUUCUUGCCUUAAAUCUUUCCUCUGUUGCAGUAUGAGAACUGUCACUUCAUGUUUUCUUGAACUUGGCACAGCAGCUGCCUGCCUGUGGGCCCUUGUCUGAACAGUCUCACUAAUUACAGCAUGACGAGUCUGGUCAAAGUGUGUGGUGGGCACCUUCAGAAGUGCUGCAUAGCCAACUGCCCUUGGAAAGGGAAUGGUGGCUUCUUCUCUUUGUACAGUUUCCUAUUUAUAUAGUUGUUGAGCUUUGUGGACCAGGAGUUUUGUUUUGGGGACAAAUCCUAGAGUAGAGAAUCUUAGCUUUGGUUAUCACCAAAACAACCUCCAGCCUAUACCAAAGCUUUGACCUGGUUCAGCUCUUGAGUCAUAGAAGUUGAUUUUGCACUUCGUUUGGGGGUGACAGUUUACCACGUGACUUCUUUAUUGGCUGUCUGCGACAAACAGACACUAUGCGAUGUCUGUGUGACAUGACUGUGUAGGGAGGUCGUGGCUUCUACCAACAGGAGCUGGUGUCAUAUCAGGCACUGGGCUGUAGAUCUCACCCUGUGAGGAUUCUUAAUUUCUUCAUGAAGCAGACAUAAUAGUUUGAUCACCUGGUCUUUUUCUUUAACUUUGAAUUUUUAUUCAAGUGUUACCUCUCUUCUCCCUUUGAGAAACACACCAUACUGACUUUGUAGGAGGGGCCUUGCUGUGGCCUAGGGACGUGUGUAUGUGUCUAAAGGAGGUUGUAUAGCUUCCACACUUCCACUUCACCUUGACCAUGUGUUCGUAUUUUCCUCCCAUGGGUGGAAAGUAAGAGGCAGCCUAGUGUCUGAACUUCCCACCUGGGGUCUGUGAGUAGAAAGAUGCCCCUUACUUACAGUCUGUGCUUCAGAGCUAUGUGCUGGCUUUCAUAUGACAGUGUUUGUGAUAUAAAUAAUACCACGUGAUAGGCAAAGGCCUGUCUGCAUUUGGAGAGCAGGUUUUCAUUUAUAUGUAUUUUUGAGAUUAAAAAAAAAUAAAAUUUGUAAAUAUAGCCUCAU